AUUUAAAUUCAGUUAAUAUCAAAAUUUGAAAGCAUAAAAACAUAUUAGAAAAACCCGGAAAUUAAUAUGCUGAGAAUAACAUAUUAGUGUGGAAAGUAGUAGGUCAGGAACAACGCCGCCGAUCCUGAGAUUCAUCCUUCAUCUAUACUCUCUUUCCUUUUCCAUUAGCAAUGCCAUCUUUCUCAUUCUUAAGAACAUUCAGGCUCUCUCUUUUUCCGCCUUAUCCCCCAAUUGCAAUUCCAACUGCAACCCUCCAUUAUCAAUCCCAUUCUCAACCUCACUAUCACCAUGAUGCUGUUGCCUCAUUCAAUCUCAUGCUUCUUAUGCGCCCUCCCCCACCCACCUUCCUUUUUAACAACAUUCUGAGUUCCCUUGUCAAGAACAAGCGUUAUCCCACUGUCAUCUCCCUUUUUAAACAAUUCGAGCCAAAUGGGAUUACACCUGACCUUUGUACUCUGAGUAUCCUCAUCAAUUGUUUCUGCCAUCAGGCUCACAUCACUCUUGCUUUUUCUGUAUUCGCCAACAUCCUCAAGAGGGGUUUUCAUCCGGAUGCAAUUACCCUCAACACACUCAUCAAAGGCCUCUGUUUUCGUGGGGAGAUUAAAAAAACACUUUACUUUCACGAUCAGGUGGUGGCUCAAGGGUUCCAGUUGGACCAAGUCAGUUAUGGGACGUUGAUCAAUGGUUUGUGCAAAGCAGGAGAGACAAAGGCUGUCGCAAGAUUACUGAGGAAGCUGGAAGGACACUCGGUUAAACCUGAUGUGGUGAUGUACAAUACAAUAAUUAAUAGCUUAUGCAAAAAUAAACUCCUGGGAGAUGCCUGUGAUGUGUACUCUGAAAUGAUUGUUAAGGGAAUUUCCCCGGAUGUUGUCACCUACACUACUCUGAUCCAUGGCUUUUGCAUCAUGGGUCAUUUGAAAGAAGCAUUUUCUUUGUUAAAUGAAAUGAAAUUGAAAAACAUCAACCCCAAUCUUUGUACCUUUAACAUAUUGAUUGAUGCAUUAGGCAAGGAAGGUAAGAUGAAAGAAGCAUUUUCCUUGUUGAAUGAAAUGAAAUUGAAAAACAUCAACCCGGAUGUUUAUACCUUUAGCGUAUUGAUUGAUGCAUUAGGCAAGGAAGGUAAGGUGAAAGAAGCAUUUUCCUUGUUGAAUGAAAUGAAAUUGAAAAACAUCAACCCGGAUGUUUGUACCUUUAACAUAUUGAUUGAUGCAUUAGGCAAGAAAGGAAGGGUGAAAGAAGCUAAAAUUGUGUUAGCUGUGAUGAUGAAAGCAUGUGUUGAGCCUGAUGUUGUUACUUAUAAUUCUCUAAUAGAUGGAUACUUCUUGGUUAAUGAAGUAAAACACGCAAAAUAUGUAUUCUAUUCUAUGGCUCAAAGGGGAGUGACUCCUAAUGUUCAGUGUUAUACUAUCAUGAUUAAUGGGUUAUGUAAGAAAAAAAUGGUGGAUGAAGCUAUGAGUCUCUUUGAAGAAAUGAAGCACAAAAAUAUGAUUCCUGAUAUUGUGACUUAUAAUUCUCUUAUUGAUGGUCUGUGCAAAAAUCAUCAUCUGGAGAGGGCAAUUGCAUUAUUAAAGGAAAUGAAAGAGCAUGGAAUUCAGCCAGAUGUAUACUCAUACACAAUACUUCUUGAUGGGCUGUGCAAGGGUGGAAGACUUGAGAUUGCAAAGGAGUUUUUCCAGCAUCUUUUGGUUAAAGGCUGUCAUCUGAAUGUUUGGCCAUAUAAUGUUAUGAUCAAUGGGCUUUGUAAAGCAGGCCUGUUUGGUGAAGCGAUGGAUUUGAAGUCAAAAAUGGAAGGCAAAGGUUGCAUGCCCAAUGCUAUAACUUUUAGAACAAUUAUUUGUGCCCUAUCUGAAAAAGAUGAAAAUGAUAAGGCAGAGAAAAUUCUCCGAGAAAUGAUUGCUAGAGGCUUAUUGAAAGAGUAAAACUAGGUGCGAUUGUUUUCAAUUACUAUUGAAUAACUGGUUCAUUCAUGGCAACAAAUAUUCAAUCGUUUAUUUUCUUGAUUUAUAUAAAUUUUUUAUACCCA